UAUCGCAAAACAUAACCGAUGAAGAAUCGGACACAAUAUUAAUGGAUUCGCAGUACUCUAUACACACCGAUAGCACCACUGAUAGACAUAAAUCUAAUUCAUUUAAAGGCUUUUUAAAUGGCAAUUAUUAUAAGCCAUUUGUGGUCACAUUUUUUAUGUUUGCCUUAUAUCUGAUAAUUGCAUCGCUAAUCAAAGUUGGUUUCCAUAAGAGCCCGUUUCUGGUCAAUAAUAUACCCGAAUCUUGUAUUCUGAUAAUAAUUGGCAUUUGGUUCGGCACUCUCUUUAAAAUUUUUGGAAUUCAAGAAUUUCCAAAAUUUUCUGUUAACCUAUUCCUCUAUGGAUUAAUGCCACCUAUUAUUAUGGAAGCGGCACAUAGUCUGCACAAUGAGGUCUUCUUCAGCAAUGUUAUUACAAUUCUUAUGUAUGCCGUUGUGGGUACACUAAUUAAUGUCCUCUUAAUCGGAAUGUUUUUAUAUAUUUUCGUCAUUAUAAACAUUGAUUUUCUUAAUUUUCCUCAAAUAUCGCUUAUAGAAGUACUCAUAUUUUCCAAUGCUAUCAGUGCAGUAGAUCCCGUCACUGUUUUAAAUAUAUUUCAAGAGUUGAAUGUUAAUAAAAAUCUUUAUUACUUAGUGUUUGGCGAAUCUCUUUUAAAUGAUGCUGUGGUUAUAGUAUUACAAGAAUUGUUGACUAACUUUGUCAAUACACCAAUCAUAACAACUGCUGAUAUCAUUGAAGGUGUCGGUGCCUUCUUCUACGUUAGUGUCGGCGGUUUUUUAAUUGGCAUUAUAUACGGCAUAUUUACUUCAAUUAUGACAUUAUAUACAAAACAUUCAGAAGUGGUUGAACCGACUAUUAUGUUGGGAAUGGCAUAUCUGGCAUUUCUUACUGCAGAUGUGUUUCAUUUAUCUGGACUCAUAAGUUUGAUAGGAUGUGGUCUUACACAAUCAGAGUUUGCUAAUCGUAAUACCACUGAAAAAACAAAUACAACGGUUAAGUAUAGUAUUAAAGGUCUCAGUACAAUCGCUGAUUUGUUAAUAUUCUUCUUUUUGGGACAAAUGCUGAUAAGUAUGGAUCACAUCUGGAAUACCUCAUUUGUUGUCUUUACAAUAAUAUUUUGUCUCAUCUUUCGUAUCGUCAGUGUGUUUUCGUUGACAUAUUUUUCAAACAGAUAUUUUCAUAGGACUCGAAUCGUUCAAUUUAAAGAACAGAUACUAAUGGCUUAUGGAGGUCUGAGAGGUGCCAUUGCUUUUGCAAUGAUAGCACUUUUAAGUGAAGUAAAAGGUGUUAAAAACGUCGAUCUUUUUAAAACAACUACUUUUGUUUUAAUUUUGUUUACUGUAUUUAUUUUGGGUGGAACCACUAAACCAUUGUUAAAGUUGUUAAACAUUCAAACAGAGAUAAAUCAAAAGAAAAGAGUUUUCUUCAUAAUUAACGAUAUGGUUGUAUUUAAUGUGAUCAAUGGUGUCGAACAAUUUGUGGGCAAUCUAUCGACAGUGCAUUACAUUAGACAACAAUUAAGAUAUCUUAUAAAUUGUCUCAAAAAAUAUAUCUCUAAGAGUGGUGUCGAUCAUAUGGAAGCAAAGAUACUGAAAAUGAAAAAUAAGAAUAUUGAAGGAAAUUCAAAUGACAAUAAUAAAGGGAACAAAUCAACAAAUAAAGAAUCAUCGGCUGGAAGUAAUAAACUUUUGCAAACAYUKAACAAAAUCCAUACUGAAAUUAACGCCGAAAGUGAUUACAAUGAUAUCUUAUCGCAAAGUAUGGCCAACAAUGUCGUACACGUGGAUGAAGUCACUCGAAGUCAUAAUAUUCCUCAUCAGAUGACCGAAAAAGCUAUGACAGCAAAGAGUCAGUUUAAAUCUGAUAACAAUUGUUCACAUUUCAGAGAUCAGAUAAAUACCAAUAGUAUUGUACAACAAUUUAAAAAACCUGAUAGUCAUAAAAAUUUACCACAAAAUGAUGACAAAACUUAA